AUGAGUGAAAUUGUACCUUCUUCCAUACAAGUAAUACAAGAUCAGAAUGUAACAGAAGGCAACAAUUUGACUCUGACAUGUAAUGCAUCUGGAAUCCCUUCACCAAUGGUGUCUUGGAUUAAGCCUGAUGGUCAGAGUGAAAAUGGAAGUGUGUUAAAGCUUGUGAACAUCAGAAGGAAUCAAACUGGAGCGUACAGAUGUGAAGCCAUACCUUCUUCAAUUAUCCAAAUAACACAACAUCAGAAUGUAACUGAAGGUGACAAUGUGACUCUUAUGUGCGAUGUAUCUGGAGUUCCCCCACCAAUGGUGUCUUGGAUAACACCUAAUGGUCAACGUGUUAGUAGAAACCCGUUGAAGGUUGAAAACGUUAGCAGGAGUGAAGCUGGUGAAUACAAAUGUGAAGCCAGUAAUGAGUGUGGCAAUGCAACAGAGAUGACAAGCAUUGAUGUGCAGUACAAACCAGAGAAUGUACAACUUACAACAUCUGCUAUAGAUAACAAAGCAUGUAAGGGUGCCAUGAUUAGCUUUAACUGCUCAGCUGAUGCUAGACCAUCGGUGACAUCAUACCAGCUGUUCGAGAACGACGCUGCUAUCUUAGUUGUAAAGCCUUUAGGAGUGUGGAAAAGAAACGUGUCAACGAGCGGAGUGUUUGCGUACAAAUGUGUGGCCAACAACUCUUUAGGAUCAGGAGUCAGUUCAUAUGUUAUGGUGACAGUAAAUGACUCAGAACAUGGAAAGGGUGGUGUGAGAAAAUGGGUUUUUAAAGAUAUUGUGAGCGUUUCAGCUUUGCCCCUGUCCUUGUCAGAUGAACUCG